AUGAGCUCUAACCUUCAGAAACUCGGACAUGAUGAUAAUAAACAAGUAGAACAACGACGCAAAGAAGAUGAAGACGCCGACGAGAACGUAUUUCUACAUCAAUGCGAGACAAUACCGUUGUCAUCACCGCCGCCGUGGAGGUUACCGGAGCCUUCAAGGUCGGCGACCUCCCAUGCGGAGGACAACAACGAGGAAGUUGUGCACGCAGAGAAGGUGAAGGUGCAUAUAUUUGACUUGGAGUCCUCUUCUUCUUCUUCUUCCGGCAUGGUGGUGCCGCCGUUCUCAUGGCGGAAGCUGUGGCUGUUCACGGGCCCGGGGCUGCUGAUGAGCGUAGCGUUUUUGGACCCAGGGAAUUUGGAGGGAGAUUUGCAGGCAGGAGCCAUUGGAGGGUACUCAUUGUUGUGGCUUUUGAUGUGGACGACGAUCAUGGGGUUGCUGAUACAGCUGUUGUCAGCAAGGCUUGGGGUGGCGACCGGGCGGCACUUGGCGGAGCUGUGCCAGGAGGAGUAUGGAAGAUGGGCGAGGUUGGUGCUGUAUGUGAUGGCAGAAAUGGCUUUGAUAGCUGCAGAUAUUCAGGAGGUUAUUGGUAGUGCCAUAGCCAUCAAAAUUCUAAGUCAUGGGAUUUUACCUAUUUGGGCAGGAGUGGUAAUCACAGCCUUGGAUAGUUUUGUGUUCCUGUUCCUAGAGAACUAUGGAGUGAGGAAGCUGGAAGGUGUCUUCGCAAUAUUCAUUGGAACUAUGGCCCUUUCCUUUGCUUGGAUGUUCCUUGAAACAAAGCCUAGUCCUAAACAACUUCUUAUCGGCAUUUUGGUCCCAAAAGUGAGCUCAAGAACGCUUCGUCAAGCUGUGGAACUGAUAGGCUGUGUGAUAACCCCACACAACGUGUUCCUCCACUCAGCCCUGGUCCAAUCCAGAAACAUCAACAUUCACAACAAAGGCCAAGUCCAAGAGGCUCUCAACUACUACACAAUCGAGUCCUCACUCGCACUCCUCAUCACCUUCUUCAUCAACCUCUCAGUCAUGACUGUCUUCGCUAGGGUUUUCUACUGCACCGACCAAGCCGGAACGAUUGGUCUCGUAAACGCCGGCGAGUUCCUUCAGGACAAGUACGGCGGAGGGAUGUUCCCUAUAUUGUAUAUAUGGGGAAUAGGGUUACUAGCAGCAGGACAGAGCAGUACUAUUACUGGUACGUAUGCAGGACAGUUUAUUACCGAAGGGUUUCUGAAGCUGCGUUUGAAGAAAUGGUUAAGAGCUUUGAUCACGAGAAGCUUAGCGAUUGUUCCGACCAUGAUUGUGGCUCUUGUGUUUAAUACUUCUGAAGGAUCUUUGGAUACUUUGAAUGAGUGGCUCAAUGUGGUUCAGUCUAUUCAGAUUCCUUUUGCUCUUAUUCCUCUUCUUACGUUGGUGUCUAAACAGGAGGUCAUGGGGACAUUCAGAAUUGGACCUGUUGUGGAGAAAGUGGCAUGGACAGUGGCAGUGGUGGUGAUACUGGUAUAUGGAUACAUGUUGCUGGACUUCUUCCUCUCAGAAGUGAAGGGACUUGUGUAUGGCUUGGUGGUGUUCCUUUGUGCAGCUUCUUGGUUAUCAUUCAUUGCUUAUUUGCUUCAACACAGCGGUGCCUUUUCCUCUUUCCUCCACACUAAUUCUCCUCAUUCUCGUCAUCGCUUCUCCUCUCUUGCUGAUGCCAAUUAACGAUGUAGAAAUCCAGGUUAACUCGUUCAGUUGCACUGCAUCGUUAAACCUUUAAAUUAGUGUCUUGACCGGUUUGGUCAUGAUUCGAUUACAGUUUUGACUAUUAACCCUUGAUCUAAUGUCUUAACCAGUUUAAUACUAGUUUGGUUUUUAGUACCUUGCAAUUAGUCUAAGCUGGCUGCCAAAUCUCUACAUAACCAUGUUUCUUACAUAUGGGAAGUUUCGCAGCAAGGUCGUUAAUAAUAAUAAUUAACAUUCUUUGUUAGCUAGAACAGUCUGAUCAAUCUCAACCUGGAAAAUGAA